AUGAGGAUGUCGGCGACGGUGUUGAGAGGCGGAGACAGUGGUGCUAAUGUUGAUGAUGGUGGGUUCUCUCCGGAAUGGUUGUCCAAUGGAACUCCUAUUUGCAAAUCUCCGAGGUGGAGAAAAAAAGAGCCAGCAAUGGAGGAAGAGAAGAAAGAGGAAGAAGAGGAGGAGGAGGAAGAAGAAGCCAACAAUGACUCUCAAUUGAAGGUGAUGAAGAUGAUGGUGGUAACUGGUCUAUCACUGUAUUUUCAUAAUAUGCUAAUCACAUUAGCAUGA